AUGAAUGAGCUUCUGGCGUACAUCCUUGCGAAUGAGGAGUCUUUCCGAAGAGCUCGACUUCCUUCUCUCUACUCAGACUUCUCCACCCAGCGGCAUACCAAUCCAGACGGAUAUGCGACAAACGCCGCUGCAUGGCAGCGAGCACUAGCUCAUGCAGCUCUUGCCGGCGUCAUACAUUCGUCGUCGGGAAGCAGACACCAUGGGGAUGACGGGGUAGCCAAGAGUGAUUUGCUCGUGUUGAGGACAGGCAACGCUCUUAUGGCAGAGCUGGAGACGCAGGAAUGGGGUCGCCCGGUGGCAUUACAAAGUGCUAUUGAUGAAGCAAUCCGACAUAAUUCCAUGAUACCUCUUGAUAUCUUUCAGGCCAGUUCUACAACGCCGUUGAAAACAUCGUGGAUACGCCUCCCUUCCCCUCCCACAUUAUCCCAAGUUAUGGGUUGGGGUAUGAAACAGUUAAGGGGGAUUCUAUCCGAUUUCGAAGGUCAUUCGAAUGUAUCAGGGAAAGUACAAGUUAUGAACUUGGUUUUGGUGGAUAAUUUAAAGGAAGUUGGGAAACGUGUCCUUGCAAUAGCCUCAAAGUCCCACAAGUCAAAUACCGACUGCAUUUACUCGAAAGAGCUUUUCACAGAGCGGUUUGCAAAAUUUGGUGGCGGGACCGUGUUAUCAAGCUUGGAUGUCGACGUCCUCCUGAUAUUCCUAUCGAGAGAUGAAAACGCAAUUCUAUAUGAUGGGGAGACAAUUAAAUUUAAAGGCACCAAAACCAACAUUAACACAAUAACGCACGAAGAUCGGACCAUCGCGUCCUUGAAGACGCUAAUCUCGAAUUUAACCAGACAGGUCGCACACCUUGAAUCCAAAAUUCAGGAAUUAUCACUAAGAGCGAAGGAUGCGGUGACUAACAAAAACAGAGUUGGCGCUCUAUCUGCACUACGGGCAACAAAGAUGGCAGAAAGCAAUUUAAAACAGCGGACAGAUACUUUACUGCAACUAGAAGAAGUUUAUGUGAAACUCGAGCAGGCCGCAGACCACAUAGAUAUCGUGCGAGUAAUGGAAGCCAGCGCGGUUGCUCUUCGAUCAAUAAAUGGCCAAGUCGGCGGGGUGGAGAAAGUCGAAGAUAUCGUGGAGGAGCUGCGAGAGGAGAUGGGUAAAGUCGAUGAAGUUGGGAAUGUCAUCAAUGGGGUUGGAGAAGCAGUUGACGAAGGCGAACUGGACGAUAUUCUUGCUGCAAUGGAAAAGCAAGAACAAGAAGCGCAUGAUGCUAAAGAAGCAGAAGCAACGCGACGAAAACUGGCAGAGAUUGAACGAUUCGAGAAAUCAGCUAUUGAAGUUGAGGCGCAGCGUAAAAAUGAGAAAGUACAGGUGACGGCAGCGGAUGACGACUCGGAUCUUGAGGAUAGUAUUGGAAAAUUUUCCCAUAUGUCUAUUGAAGACAACUCAAAAGGUGAGAAUACAAAGACAAAGAUACCCGAACAGGUUACGGCAGAAUAG